AUGAUACCGAGAUCGCCACUGGAUAGCUUACUGGACCGUGUCCUGGAGUGCACGUACUCCUUGGAAGAGAGUCUACGGGCACUCUACGGUCCAGUGACGGUAUGCCCAGACUCAGUGCAACACGUCUACACCGAUGGCUCCUCCAUUCAACAGGCGGACGGGUCUCGACGAGGUGGGGCGGGAGUGUACUGGGGUUAUGCCUGCCCGCGCAACAUAGCAGCUAUGGCCCCCAGCCCAGGGACUAACAACUGCGCGGAGCUCUAUGCUAUCCUGUUGUGUGUGGCGCAAGCAGACCCUCAGCGGGUACUCCGCAUAUACACGGAUUCGGAGCACGCAAUCCGUUCGGUAUGCCACUGGGCCCCAAAAUCCGCGUCUAUGGGCUGGCGGUGCGCUAACGCAGAGAUCAUCCGCAAUAUUGUCAGCCUGAUAAGACGACGCACGGCCCCAGUGGAAUUCAUCUGGGUGAAGGGACACGCAGGGAACACGAACAACGAGGAGGCCGACAGAUUGGCCCGCACCGCUGCGUCA